CUUGAUAAAUUAAUCAUGCGAUCUGAAUUUCUGAUUGUCUUUGAUAAUUUCCUGUCUGUUUAUCAGACUGCUGCAGAGCUGGAAAAACGUCGAGAAAAUUUCACAAAGGAGCUAGAUUUUGUCUUGGCUGAUGUGGUAAUGGCAAUUAUUGCGGAUUUCAUGCUUGUUUGGCUGCCUGCUCCGACAGUUUCUCUCCGAGCACCUCUUGCAGUAAAUGUUACCGGUCUUAGCAAGUUCUUCUACGGCUGUCCCGAUAAUGCUUUUCAGGUUGCAUUGGCGGGUACAUCGUACUCCUUUUUACAAAGGAUUGGAGCAAUAGGGAGAAACGGGGCGAAGCUCUUUGUAGUUGGGACCGGUGCUUCUCUCGUGGGCACAGGUGUGACGAAUUUGUUAAUCACUGCACGAAAAGCUAUCGAUAAAUCUUUCGCCGGUGAAGCUGAAGAUGUGCCCAUUUUAUCAACAAGUGCUGCAUAUGGUGUCUAUAUGUCUGUCUCGAGCAAUCUCAGGUACCAGGUAGUUGCUGGAGUUAUCGAGCAGAGGAUUCUAGAACCUCUGUUACACGAACAAAAGCUUCUACUCAGUGCAGUCUGCUUUGCUGUUCGAACUGGCAAUACAUUUUUGGGCUCAUUAAUGUGGGUUGAUUAUGCCCGUUGGAUCGGAAUCCAGAAGAUACGCGAGUAGAAAACGUCGGAGUUGGAUUUUUGGCUGUUAAAAUGCCUCGUUUUACAGAUGUGUGUUUCCAUGCUUUUUUUAACUCAUAUUUUUUUUUUUGUGAUUUACAUUCUGAUUUUGUAAUUGUAUAUUGUUUAGAAUUACAAGUUUGUAAUCAGGUUUGCGAUUUCUUUUUCACGCCCGUUGGAUCAAGAACCGUUGAGAAACAACGAGCCAGAAUAAAUCAUCGAUUUUUUUUCCCUUGAAAAAA